AUAAAGUGGAGGCAAAAGGUUGUGAAGAUGAGAAAAGAUGUGAAGAAGGCCAGAGUCCUGACUAUUCGCAGACUAACCAGACACAUUGGGAAAUUGAAGUUGAAAAGGGGUUCAGAAGACUUGAAAUUAAAGAACCAGAAACGAGUUGAGAGAUUAAUAGAAGAAAUCCAUGCCAUGAAGGAAAUAAAGCCAGAUGAAGUUACCAGACUUGCUCUUAGGACAGAAAUUAAUUUCGAAAGUGUCUGCAGAAAGCCAAAUUGUACUGCAACUGAGCGAGCCAUUGCAAGACUUGCAACACACCCCAUCUUGAAACCCAGAUUUGCUGAACUUAAAGCUGCUGUAAAAGCUUUUAAAGACGCAAGAAAGAACCUCACCAAAGCCACUCCUUCAAAAAAGGCUAAGUCAGAAGAACAAUCUAAAUCAGCACAACAUUUCAAUAGCAAUUUCGAUAAUCAAGCUGUUAAACUAGCUCAAAAACAGCAAGGAUGUGAACACAAAUCAAAAAUAAGUAUGAAAAUAGAAACUGAUAGGGUGGCUGAAGAAGUUUAUGAGAGUGAAUCUGAGCAGAAAAUUGUGGAAAUGGACAGAAUAUACCCUCCAGAAGAAUCUUCAUUUCAGGCAGUAGAAAUGCAAGCAGUCACUCAGAAUAAAACAGUAAGGAAACUUGGCUAUCAAAAAUUGAAAGAAAAUAUGAGCAUGAACAAAUUAAAUGAAAUAAAAGAAAUAAUUAAUGAUGAUAGUGAUCAGGAACAUCCUAAUGAAGAGUACUUUGAUGAUAGUACUGAAGAGAGGUUUUAUAACCAGUCGUCAGAUUCUGACAGUGACAGCAGUGAUGAUUUCUUCAUUGGCAAAGUAAAAAGAAAGAAAAAAGUAGCAGCAGUUACUGAUCUUUCCUCAGCAAAAGUAAAAGAUAGACUACAGAAAAACAUAGUGAAGAAAGAAAAGAACACAGUGCUUGGGACAGCGCAAGAUUUGAUCAUGGAAGAAAGCAAGCCACGUGCAAAAGCAGGCAAGCUAGAAUCAAUGUUCUGCAGUUCUUUGUCUACCUCUAAUCAGAAAUCUCAAAACAGAAAAAGAAAUACUAAAGACCAACAUCUCAAAAAUGGAGGAACAGCUCUUCUUAAAAAGGAACCAGAGCUCAAGAAGAAACCAUUUGCAAAAGCUGCAGGUGCUAAGUACGACAAUAAGAGAGCAUGUUUGGAGCAACCUCUUCAUCCAUCAUGGGAAGCAAGCAAGAGACGCCGGGAACAAAUUUCUCAAAUUACAGCAUUCCAAGGGAAAAAGAUUAAAUUUGAUGACUAGACUAUUUGUAAAUUGAGAUUUUAGAAAAUGAUUCUUGCAGAUUUGCAUCCCAUGGUAUUUUCUUACAAAGUUCCAACUGCUGUUUGAACAUUUUUGUGAUGCUGUCCUGAUCCUUUGCAAUGUAUAAAAUAGCAACUGCUAGAAAUUACCAUCUGUUAAUAAUGAAGAUUGCUUCAUUUAUUCAAUGUGCUGUCUGUUGAUUAAUGUUGAAGAUCAUACAGUGUCAGAUCAUAAGUCCCAUUAUGUAGUGCCACCAUUUAUGAAAUAGACCCCAAUGUGAAUGAAUGGUUUGUAGGAACACCCUUUGUGACACGUAGAAAUAGUACAGAAUCUUUGGAGUUUUGGGGGUUUGUGUAAAAAUGUACUUUAAACUGUAUGAGGACUUGGAUGUCAAAAGAGAGGGGAAAAUACAAAGUACUGAGGUGAUAAUCCUAGGACUGUAAUAUCAAAUGCAUCUCAACUGAGAAAAAACUAAGAGAUUCUUAAACUUGAAGAGACUUCACAAAUAUAUGAAUGUAUCAGGUAGCUGGAAAAGCCAGUCAGUAUUAUGCAUGAUAAAAUUUCUGGAGAGCAAUAAAAUACUGACCUGGUGAGUUGUGAUCUCUGUCUUUUGAUUAUACUGCAGAUUUGAAGAACUGAAAGAGUGUCUUUAAUACUGUUGUCCUGGAGGAUAUAUCUGGGUGCUCCAACAUGUCUGACUUGGACUUUCUGAAAGAAUGCUGAAAAACUGUAAGGUCUUUGUGCACUAAGAAACAUUUCAGUGCCAUUCCGAGUUUGGGAGUUCAUUUGAUUGGGAUACGAAGUAAAAGUUUUAUUGUGUUUUUCUUCAUGGACUUUUCCUACUGUUUAAUUGAAACAAGUUCUGUACUUGUAAUUAAUCUUUGUCUUGUUUCUUUAAAUACAGUUAUCUUUCCUAAUGUUGUAUCUUUCAUCAUUAAUUCAGAAACUUAGUAAAUGACUGCAGUGGGUGUAAGAUAAUACACUGUACAAUUCAUAUAGCCUUUUGUAAUGCCUAAGACCAAAUGUCCAUCUAAUCUAAUAGCUUCAGUGGUGGUCGAAAAGGGAUACUUUAAGCACAGGGAUAGAGGAAGCAUACAGUGAUACAUCAUCCAACUUCCAGCUUGCUGAGCUUCCAGUUUUAUAGCUCAAGGACACCUUGUGAUAUUGCAGCUUACUGUGUUCAGUAAUCCUCAAUGAAUUUAUUUUCUGCAGAUUUGUCUGCUCUUAAAUCCAUGUAAGCUUGUAAAAUCUGUAAUACCUUAAGGUGUAGAAGUUCUUCCUAUAUAUUACAUUCUUAUGAAAAACAGUCUUUUUCUAUGUCUUGGCAAAGAAGGUCAGCAGCCUCCUGGGCUGCAUUAGAGUGUUGCCAGCAGGAUGAGGGAGGUGGUCCUUGCCCAUGUACUCAGCACUGGUGAGGCCAAAUCUGAAGCGCUGGGUCCAGAUCUGGGCUCCCCAGUACACAAGGGACAAGGACAGAUGAGUUAAGUCCAGCAAAGGGUGACCAAGAUGCUAAGGACAAGAAGCAGUGGGCACAACUGGAAUGCAAGAAAUUCCACUUAAACAAGAAAAACCUUUCAACUGUGAGGGUGAAGGAGCACUGGCACAAGUGCCCAGAGGAUUGUGGAGUCUCCAUCCUUGGAGAUACUCGAAACCUGACGACACACAGUCCUGGGUAACCAUCUCGAGAUGACCCCGCUUGGACAGUGGGUUUGAACUAAAUGAUACCCAGAAGUCUCUUCCUACAUCAUCUGUUCCUUGUGAUUAUGUGUAUUUAGGACUGACUUAAGCAAUGACUCCCUAACCAUCAGCAGCUUCACAGGGGGAUUAUUGGAUGUGUUUAGAACAUGUAGUUGCCGUGUAAUACUUCAGUGUAUUCCACUCGGAAUGAUAUUAAAGGCAAAGUGCAGGAACAAGUUUAGGUUUUUUAAUACAGUUUUACUCUGUUGCUGAUAAGGUCACUUCUCUCUCUCUCUCUCCCUCUCUCUCCCCCCUGCAGACUUUGUAUCUUAGUAUUUAUAGCCCAGCACUUUCUGCCCAUUCUCCCAUCCUAUGUUAAGUUCUUGAAGACUAAAGAUUCACGUUGGUCCAUUUUGUUUUAUUAUCUAGGCACAUCUUUGUCCCACUCAGGCUUUCUUUUCUUCAUCCUAAACAAAUGUCAGUAUAUGUAGCAAUUUCCUGAAUGCCAUUGCCACUCAGAGGAAUUAGAAAUUCAGAUAACUUUCCAUUUCCCAGUGGUUUUUGUGUUAUUCUCACUGUACCAUAUGGAACAACAUUUAACACCAGAAUCAUCAAAAUAAAAACAUGAAAACAUG